GUAUGCGUGUGUCGGCAGCUGACCUGAGGUGAAGAUGGCGGUGGUCAAAGUGUUGGUGUUGUUGCUACUGACGACUGCGACGAGGCACACCAGUGGUUGUAAUUUCUAUCCUGUGGGUGAAUAUCUGAAGUUUGUCAGGAUACCGGAGAACUUGAAGGUCGGCGAUGAAGUUUUACAAGUUGAAGUUCAUCCGAGGAAGAACUUGGUGUUACAAGCAGUGGACAAGGAAGAAGACGCUCAUUUGUUCACAUACCGCGAUGUGAACAGGACUCACGUGGCGGUGUUGCUGGCUCAAAGCGUGGACCACCUGGUCGACCGCGACGCCCCUCAGAAUGUCGUUAAGUUCCGUCUCGGCUGCGACUUCCACACGGGAGACGACCUAAUCUCGGCGUACCUGUCGGUGACUGUGUACAUAGAGGACGUGAACGACAACGCGCCGCGCUUCCUCGACCUGCCUUACAGAGUCACCGUAGACGAACUCACACCUCCCGGUCUGACAAUAUUCAAAGGCAUUCGUGCAUUUGAUCGCGACAAGCCCAACACUCCCAACUCCGAGGUGGAGUACAGUAUCACGGGCGGUGACCCUGCGGGCAGGUUCGCCCUGGAGGGGCCGCAUAAGCCAGGUCUCGUGCUCGCCAAAUCAAUAGACUACGACGCAGGAGACCGCGAGUUUCUACUCACUAUUACUGCAUCUGACCGCGGGUCGCCACCGCGCAGCACCAACACGACGGUACACGUCAUAGUGGCGGAUAAUGACGACCUGCCGCCGAAAUUCACGCUUGACGUCUACAGAACCAAGAUACCAGAGUUCUAUCCUCUACUGGGCAAACGCAUCCACAAGGAGUUGGUGUUCGAGCAGGCGGUGCGAGCGUUCGACCAGGACGCGGGUGUGGGCGCGCCGCUGCGUUACGAGCUGAUCUCCGGCGACACGCGCCGCUUCUCGCUCGGUCCCCUCAACGCCACUCUCUUCCUCGACGCUGAGAUCGAUCUGGACGCUGAGUCGUUGCCUGGCAAUACGUUUGUGCUGGGCGUGCAGGCAGUGCAAGUGGACGACCCGCGGCGUGCGGCGCGCGCCCGUAUCGAAGUCGAGGUGCUGGAUCUCAACGACAACCUGCCCGAGUUUGAGGUCGACUUCUACAACAUCAGCAUCGUCGAGAACUUACCCAACGGCUUCAGUGUUCUCCAAGUGAUGGCCACGGACAAGGACCAGGGGGACAACGCAGAGUUUACGUACCAGCUGAGCGACCCUCAGGGCGCGUUCUCCAUUGACCCCAAGAGCGGGUGGCUCACAGUCAGGAAUCAGACUGUUUUAGACAGAGAGCAGCAUUCUUCUUUAAGAAUGAAAGUGUACGCAAAAGAGAAAAAUCCGAGCGUAGUCGGCACAUUUCUGGACAAGCAAAGACUAUCAAAAUGGCGCCGUAACCCUCUGGUACCCGCUCUGCCGUUAAAAGAAAAAACUACGUACGUUUAUCCAGAUAAGAUAGGCACCAAGAAUGAAAAUAUCGAGUACUUCGAAGAUAUAAAUCAGCUUAUGUCUUUUGUAACAGUUGAAGUGACACUACUCGAUGCUAAUGAUAAUAAUCCGGUGUUUGUUCCGAGCAAUCUGUACGAGUUCACAGUCAAAUCGAACGCUAAAAUCGGAACUUUCAUCGGUAAUGUUAAAGCAGUAGAUCCAGAUCUGGGGACCAAUGGAAUUGUUUUCUACGAUUUACAAAGAACAAGUAAUCUAACGAUUACUUCCCCAUUUCAAGUCGAUGCUAAUUCUGGUGAGGUUACAGUUGCUCAAUCUCCAAUACUGGAAGGGAGGCAUGCUUUGUUUAUAGAGGCUUCUGAUCAGCCCGCUAAUCCUAGUGAGAGAAGAUACUCCUUAGCCGUGGUGACGGUUGAUGUGACUAGGUCUAAUACAGACAAACCAGAUUUCAUCGGCGCACCGUAUGAGUUUUGGGUCGGUUCAAACGUCGGCAUUGGAACAAGUGUUGGUCAAAUAAGAGUCAACGAAGCAAUGGAAAAACCAGAUAUAUCUUAUGAUCUCUUACAUGGAUAUGAAGAAGGAGGUAAUUUUAAUCACCAUAUUGAAUUUUUAAAGAAAGAUCUGGAGUGA